AGAUAAUGCCACGUUGGAAUAACAUAUCUAUGGCCAUCUAGUAUCAACAUUUUGAAGCCACAAAUUACUUAUGCGGAUGUCAUUAGCUUCUGUUUACAUGUUACAUCAUAAUAUCAUAACCUUCAAAAUAUUUCUGUGUGAGUUAAAGUGAAGCUCAAACAUAGCAAGAAAGGGUGUGAUUCAAAACAAAAGUUAAUUUUUCAUUUUCUCUCAGUUUGAACAAAUGGCAACUUCUAUGAUGACAACAACUUUCACUCAAUUCACUGGCCUUAGAUCACAAUUCAAAGGUUCUCCUGUGCAGGGUUUGGUUGCUGCCCAACCUAUGACAAGCCGCAGGGGGAAGGGCGCUUUGGGAGUUCGAUGUGACUUCAUUGGUUCAUCCACUAAUGUGAUUAUGGUGGCAUCUACAACCCUAAUGUUGUUUGCUGGAAGAUUUGGGUUGGCUCCUUCAGCAAACAGGAAAGCAACUGCAGGACUAAAGUUGGAGGCAAGGGACUCAGGCUUGCAGACUGGUGACCCAGCUGGGUUCACCCUUGCUGAUACUUUGGCAUGUGGAACUGUAGGACACAUCAUUGGUGUUGGUGUUGUUCUUGGUCUUAAGAACAUUGGUGCAAUUUAAAAAGGAAACUGUGAACUUGUGUUCUAUCUGUAAUAAGUUUUAAUGUCAUUUUAUUUUAAUCUCUA